UUGUUGCUGUUAGGGUAUUAGUUCAACCUUUGCCCUAACGAUAACAAGCAAACGGCUCAGUCAUGGCUUUUGUUGUGGAUCUUUCUCUAAAAAAUGCGUUUAUCAUUGCUGUCCCUCUGUUUAUUUCUUGGGCAAAGUACAGAGGUUUGGAAUAUAUUAUAAAACACUACCGAUGGGUUUUUGUGUGCCUGUUUUUAAUGCCAUUAUCUGUCGUGUACGAUGUUUUCAUGUUCAUCAGAAAUUGGAUUGUAUUUAAACUAAAUUCUGCACCAAAACAGCACAUGAACAAAGUAAAAUAUGUGCAGCAGCAGGUUAAGCAAUGGAACAAAGAUGGGAGGAAAACCAAGAUGUGUACAGCCCGACCUGGGUGGGCAACUGUCAGUUUUAGGAGAGGCCUUUACAAAAAACAGCUGAGGAAUAUUGAGGUCAACAUGAUUGACAUUCUUGAAAUAGAUGAGACGAGGAGAACCGUGAGGGUAGAGCCACUGGUAACGAUGGGGCAGGUCACAUCAUUCCUCAAUCCCCUGGGAUGGACGCUUCCUGUACUGCCAGAACUGGAUGACCUCACAGUGGGUGGUCUGAUAAUGGGUGUGGGGAUAGAGACCUCAUCGCACAAACAUGGUCUAUUUCAGCAUUGCUGUGUGUCCUAUGAAUUGGUACUGGCUGAUGGUAGUGUGGUUACAUGCUCCAAGACCGAGAAUCCUGAUCUGUUUUAUGCAGUUCCAUGGUCGUAUGGGACACUUGGCUUACUAGUGUCUGCCGAAAUCAAAAUCAUUCCAUCCAAGAAGUAUGUAAAGAUGGAAUAUUUCCCAGUGCAUUCCAAGGAAGAUAUGGUGGAGAAAUUCCAGGAGCAGACGAUGCUGAAGGAGAACAAUGAAUUUGUGGAGACGCUGGCAUACUCUCUGGACAAGGCAGUGGUGAUGACCGGAAACUUCACAGACCAGGCAGAACCUGACAAAAUAAACCCCAUUGGAUACUUUUGGAAGCCAUGGUUCUUUAAACAUGUAGAGGGAUUCUUGACUACGGGACCAGCUGUAGAAUAUAUUCCUAUCAGACAUUACUACCAUAGACACACUAGGAGCAUAUUCUGGGAACUACAGGACAUAAUUCCAUUUGGAAACAACCCCAUCUUCAGAUAUUUGUUUGGCUGGGCUGUUCCUCCCAAAAUCUCACUGUUGAAAUUAACCCAAGGGGAGACAACCAAGAAACUCUACGAGAAAUAUCAGAUUAUCCAAGACAUGCUGGUUCCCUUUGACAAAUUACUGGAGGCUAUGGAAGUGUUUGAGAAGGAGAUUAAGAUGUACCCCCUUUGGCUUUGUCCUUUCAUGUUGUAUGACCAACCUGGCAUGGUUCAUCCAGCUAAGAAAGAGAGCCAGAUGUAUGUUGACAUUGGGGCCUAUGGUUCCCCCAAAUCCAGCACAUGGGAAGCUGUUAAGACAACCAGAGCCUUGGAGAACUAUGUCAUCAGAGCUAGAGGGUUUCAGAUGCUGUAUGCUGAUAGCUACUUAACCAGAGAGGAAUUCAGGAAAAUGUUUGAUCACACUCUGUAUGAUAAAAUGAGAAAAGAGCUUGGCUGUGAAGAAGCAUUUCCAGAGGUGUACGACAAAGUGAACAGAAAAGCUAGAGAUUAAAUCAUUGUAGAACAGGAAAUCCAAACAACAAAGCAACAAUCAAAUGUUUUUUUUUUUUAAAUUCUAUACAUUGAUUUUUUAGCUCUAUUGGUCAGAGACCAGAAGAGCUUAUGCGAUAGUAAGGUGUCUGUUGUCCGUCCGUCUAUAAACAAUUUUUCAAAAGGCUACUCCUCCUACAGUUUUGGUCUGAUUUCAAUAUAACUUGGCACAUAAGUAGACUACACUAAGUCCAUAAUUCUGUAUAUUAGUGUUUGAUUUCAAUGAACAGUGUUGCCAUGGUUACUAAGAAUAGAGAUUUCUGGGAAAUACUUUCAAAAUGCUACUCCUCCUACAGUUUUGGCCUCAUUUCAAUAUAACUUGGCACACAAGUAGAAUACAGGAAGAUACAUAAUUCUGUGUAUUGGUUUUUGAUUUCAAUAAACGGUGUUGCCAUGGUUACUAAAAACAGAAAUUUCUGUGAAUAACUUGCAAAAUGCUACUCCUCCUACAGUUUUGGUCUGAUUUCAGUAUUACUUGGCACAGAAGUAUACUACACUAAGAUACAUAACUCUGUAUAUUGGUUUUUGAUUUCGAUAAUGGUGUUGCCAUGGUUUCUAAAAAUUGAAAUUUGCUUGAAAUACUUUCAAAAUGCUAUUCCUCCUAUAGUUUUGGUCUUACUUUAGUUUAACUUGGCACACAAGUAAACUACACUGAGAUACAUAAUUCUCUGUUUUUGAUUUUGAUGAAUUACUUUUCUAAAUGAGAGUAAUGGUAAUGGUAAUUGUAAUGGUAAAAAUUCCAAAGUAAUUGUAAUUUAAUUCAUUACAUUUCAAAGUAAUUGAUCCCAGGUCUGGGUGUUGCCAUGGUUACUAAAAAUAGAAAUGUUCUAGAAAUACUUUCAAAAUGCUACUCCUCCUACAGUUUUGGUCUGAUUUCAAUGUAACUUGGCACACAAGUAAACUAUACUGAGAUACAUAAUUGUCUUUAUUGUUGUUGAUUUUGUUGAAUGAUGUUGCCAUGGUUACUAAAAUCUUAAUUUCCAUAAAAUUCUUUUAAAAGGUUACUCUUUCUACAGUUUUAGUCUGAUUGCAAUCCUGCCACAAAAAGAGACUAAAUCAAGGAUCAUUUAAUAUUCUAUUUAUUGCUGUUUCAAAGUUUCAAGUCCAAGUGUUACUUUUCUUUUCCUUUGUUAUAAGUACAAACCAGUAGAGCUACAGUCUCAACAUUAUUAUUUUGAUUUACUUUUAAUCCUCAUUUUAAAUAUUUAAAUCUAUGGAAUUUAAUAUAAACUGUCAGUUAAGUAUCUAAACUAUAAUGUUUUAAAUGAUAAUGUUUCUAGGAAGUAAAAUGUUUCACUUCAAUCAAUAAAUGUAUUUGAAUGUCAAUUUUAAUGCCAAAAUCAAUAUUAUGUAAAAUUUGUCUUGUAUGUUGAAGGGCCAGUUUGUAUAAAAUUCCUAUAAAUAUGUGAACUUUACCAUAUGCAUAAGACUUGAAUGAGAAGAGAUGAUUUUAAAGUAUGACAUCAUAUGACAUCAUACAUAAGUACAUGUAAACAUCCAAUGCAAAUUCAUUGUAUGUCUUAUUUUAACUUGAUUAAAAAUUAAAUUAAUCAAAUUAAUCUCUUUGACAAGUCACUCAAAAAUGUCUCAGAUAUUUCCAGUGAAGUUAAUCUUUCACACAGUGAUAAUUUACAAUCUGUAUACAUAUAUUUAUACAUAAAAUGCAUCAGGAUAGUAGUGAUAAUAUUGUGCUUUGCUUAUACAUGAUUAUUAUACACUGAUUUGUUUUUACUUAAAAAUUAUGUCUAUGUCUCAUCCAUGUUAUUUUUUGUGAUCUGAAUAAAAAAUUUACAGGAAA